AUGCAAGAUGUAGUGACAGAGGCCAAAGCUAUAGAAUCAGCCCAGAAAACAAACAAAAUAAUUGGGGAGGCUAAAAAGGGUUUAGAAACAAAGGGUUUAGAAGAGCAAGUUAAUUGGACCAGUCACAGAGACAUGAAAUUAAAACGGGACCCUGAGACAUGCCAUUGGUGUGGGAACCAGAAAGGACCACACCCGUGGAAAUCCUGCCCAGCGAAUGGGAAAACCUGUGCAAAAUGUGGGGGGAAUGACCAUUUUUCUAAAGUAUGUUUAGAGGAACCACCACACAGACCUGGGGGAGGCCCGCAUAUCAAAAUAAAUCCAGGAGAUCAAACCAAAGAUUUGAUCGAACACAAAGUUCGAACAAUACUCGUAGAUAUGGUCGGACCCCUUCCAGAUACAGAGAAAAUAUACACCAUUUGGGCAUGA